AUGAUGAAGUGGAAGUUCAAGUUCAUGCAGCGGCGAGUGACUGAAACGCGGCAUAAAACGAUGCGCCACCCUAAACCUUCCCCGUGGAGGGACCGGGUGUGUUGCGCAGCCGCUGCGGCGAGUGUGACGUUUCUGUGCUUCUGUUUCGACGGUUUCGGUUUGUGGGCUCCGAAUGCGGCGCUCGACGGUGAACUCGUUCACGACGAUAUCGUUGCGAUCGUUAGGAAUCCGGACGUUGUCAACAGCGAUCCCGGCAUAGAUUGGUACUCGUUGUGGACGAACGACUUCUGGGGAACGCCGAUGUCGAGUCCGGCAUCGCACAAGAGUUUCAGGCCGCUCACAGUUCUGACAUUCAGACUCAACUAUCUCGUCAGCGGUUCGAAAGCCAGAGGGUUCCACGCAGUGAACGUUGCGCUGCACUUUGUGGUUUGCGUUCUCCUGGGAGAGCUUGCCAGGAGAAUGACGCGAGGUCUCUGGAGUGUAAAGGAGUCUCUGCCUCUGCAACUGCUCGUCGUUGUGCUCUUCGGCGUCCAUCCCAUCCACAGCGAAGCGGUGACGUCGAUCGUGGGACGGGCGGAUCUUCUCUGUGCGACAUUCUUCCUCGUGGCGUUGCUGUUAUUUAUUGACUGCUGCGACAACGAGGCCCUCGAAGUGAACGAAACACGCAGUCCCGUUUCGUAUCUCGUAUCUUCCGCUCCGAUGCAAGACAAACCGAAGCAGAAAGUCAAACUAUGGCUUUCGAUGGGCUUCGCGACCUUGGCACUCUUCAGCAAGGAGCAGGGAAUAACCGUCCUUGGACUAUUUGUGCUAUACCGACUCGCGAUUCUCUGCAAGCGGGGCACCGAAGACAAAUGUUACAGCGUAAUCCAUCGGAUCCUGUACGCGUUCACAAAUGAUGAACUGGUGUUCACAUCUUGCUUCACGUUCUCCGCCCUCAUGGCUUACCGAGUGAUGCUGCAUAACGGGACGUUACCGAGGUUUUCGGAGCACGACAAUCCCGCAUCGUACGAGCCUCAUUUCCUGACUCGGACUCUCACCUACAGCUACCUUGCGGCCUUCAACGUCGGUCUGAUGCUCUAUCCGGCCGUUCUAUCGUACGAUUGGCAAAUGGGCUCGGUGCCGAUCGUCCAGUCGCUGUGGGAUGUGCGGAAUUUGGCCACUGUCGCCCUGUUGAUGGCGUUGAGCAAGGUCGCAUGGCUGAUAGUAAGCGACGACUUCGGCAAUGGGGUGACGCACAAAAACGAUUCAGCGGAAACCCUCGACCACGAGGACAGUGGAUCCGAGGGCAGUGUCAGAAGCUCAGCAUCCGAAGAAAAUGAUGAUUUUCCUCGAGCACAGCAGUGUGGUCCAAGUUUGUUGUUGAUGAGCGUAGCGUUGUUGAGUUUUUCGUACAUGCCGGCGUCAAACGUUUUCGUGACAGUCGGCUUCGUGGUCGCCGAGCGUGUUCUCUACAUCCCGAGUAUGGGCUUUUGCCUCUUGGUGGUGGAGGGCUUCCGGCGCACUCUCAACUACUGUAAAUUGCGAUCCUGUGAUUCGAAGCGCUGCCAGAAGAUCCUCUUGAUUUUCGUUAUUGCUUUUGUUGUCGCCCAUGCCGCGCGUACCCUUCGACGAAAUCAAGUUUGGCGCUCCCGUGCGACACUCUUCGAGUCCGGAGUUCGGGAGCUACCCACGAACUGCAAAAUGCAUUAUAAUUACGCCAACCUUCAAAAAGAUCAAGGAAGAUUUCAUCUCGCCAGAAAACACUACCGGAUAGCAUUGUGUCUAUGUCCAAACCAUGCGUCCGCACACAACAAUCUGGGAACGGUCGUCGAUUCCUCCUCCGAAGCCGAGAAGCACUUCCGCCAGGCUAUCGGUAUCAACCUGAAUCACGCAGGAGCUCACUACAAUUUGGGAAUGCUCUACAGGAGGAGAGGUCAGUUCGAGCUCGCGAGGGCCCUCCUCGAACGCAGUCUCAUACUGGAGCCGUCGUUGGCGGAUGCUGUGUCAUCGCUCGCCGACCUCGAAUGCCUCCAAGGACGUUGCGGCCGGGCCGAACCACUUCACCGCAAAGCCAUCGAACUCGACUCGGAGAGUGCACCUAUUCGGAACAACUAUGCGAGCUUCCUUCAUGACCAAGGUCGGCUGCGUGAAGCUUCCGAACAGUAUAAGAGGGCCGUCGCCCUGGAGCCCACGAACACAGCGGCGAUAGUGAACGCCGCCGAAACGAUGAAAAAACUCCACAUCGACCAGGAAGCUGAAGACCUCUACCGUCGAGCGCUCACCCUGGAACACGACCCCUGGGUCAUGGACCAGCUGGCGGUCCUUUACGCCAAAGCGAAGCGGUUCGCGGAAGCCGAGGAAAUGUUCGUGAAAAUUUCCCGCGAUCAUCCGUCAUACCUGACUAGCCGCCUUCACCAUGCACAGAUGUUGAUGCAAAUAGAUGAUAUGGACGGCGCCGAACGUGUUCUUCAGCAAGCGAUUCUGGCCGACGCCGGUUUCCGUGACGGACUCCGGCAAAUCGCGUUGCUCUACAGUCUCACUAACAGAACAAUGGAGGCCGAGGAGUGGAUUCGGAAAGCACUCCGUCUAUGUCCUCGAGGAGCCAUUGAAUGCGCGUCCCUGCACGCCGAUUACGGCGACAUCCUCAAGGACAUGAGCAACCUGAACAGAUCAGCAGAGUGCUACAGCGAAGCCAUCAAACUGCAACCACAUUUGACUCACGCUCACAUCAACCUCGGAGUGAUCCGGCAUUUGCAGGGAGACUACUCGUCUGCCUUCCAUCACUAUACGAUCGCGUACUCCCUGGAGCCGAACAACACGUUGGUGGUCGAGAACAUGGAGAAACUGCGCAAAAGAAUCCUCAAAUCUUUCCGGCAACACAGCACUACAAUAGACGCUGCCUUCGAAGUGAGCUGAGCCGUCAAAGCCGGAGCAAAAACACACCGUG